CCCAGCAGCGCGGCUGGCAGAAAUUAUACCCCAUGUUGGGAAGGUCAAAGGUGAGACGAUCAGGCGGGAAGCGCUAGUGGACGCUGAGAAGAGGGAAACUUGGAGGGAAGUUGUGAAGUGGUCGGUGACCGGCUUAAUGAGCAGAAGAUACGCCGGCACGGGAAGGACGUGACUCGAGCGGGGCUGACCCCAUGGGGGAGUCCCCACUGGCCCGCACCCCCCUCCCUGUACCUGCCUUCUUCCAGCAGGCUCAGGAGCCCCACUUCUCAAGGAAGAAGGGCCGGGGGGAAGGUUUGGCGGCGGGAGAAAGCCCCACCCCCCGGCCCCCUGUCCGGGGCGGGCUGCCCCUCACACGGGUCUUCCCCAGCAGGGUGAGGAGUUGGACCCGGACACGGCCCCAGAGUGUCUCAGCUUCAUUGCCCCUCGACAAGGGGAGCUACGAUGGCAGCAAGGACCUGCCCUACUUUGAGCAGUGUUUCCAGAGGAUCAGUCAGCUGGGGCGCGGCUCCUUUGGGGAUGUUUUUAAGGUAAGAAGCAGGGAGAAUGGCCGUCUGUACGCAGUGAAGCGCUCGCGCCGGCCGUUCCGAGGGGAGCGAGACCGCCGGCGGUGCCUCGCAGAGGCCCGUCGUCAUGAAGGACUGGGCCCCCACCCCAACCUGCUGACCUUCGUGCGUGCUUGGGAGGAGCGGGGCCAGCUGUAUAUCCAGACGGAGUUGUGCGAGGGGGGCAGCCUGCAGGGGCAGCUGAUGGGGGCCCUGCCCGAGCCCCGUGUCUGGGAGGUGCUCUCCGACCUGUUGUGUGGCCUGGGCCACCUCCACCGGCGCGGCCUGGCACACCUCGACGUCAAGCCCGCCAACGUCCUGCUCGGGGCAGGGGGCAUCUGCAAGCUGGGCGACUUUGGCCUGGUAUUGCCGGUGGAGCGGGGCGGAGGAAGGGCCAAGGACGAGGAAGAGGAGGAGGCACAGGAGGGAGACCCACGGUACAUGGCGCCCGAGCUGUUGGAUGGUGUCUACGGCACAGCGGCCGACGUCUUCAGCCUGGGAAUGUCGAUCCUAGACAUCAGCAGUAACCUGGAGCUCCCUCAGAGCGGGGAGGGAUGGCAGAGACUGCGGCGAGGAUACCUGCCCCCAGAGUUUGUGUCUGGUCUGUCCCCCGCACUGCGGGACUUGCUGCGGUCGAUGCUGGAGCCAGACCCCCAGCGGCGACCCACGGUGGAGGAGCUGCUGUCCCUGCCCGCCCUGCGCAGGGUCCGGCGGUGGAGGCACCUCCGGCUGCUGAUGCUGUCAGGCUUGGAACGAGCACUGGUCCUGUGGCAGUUGCUGCUGUCCCUCCUCUGCUCCCUGUGGCAAGUUUUCUGCAUCCCCCUGCUCCAGUUGCUUUUCCGCCGCCCCUGUGCGCCUCCAUCUUCUCCCCCUCCCUCCGGCCUAAAUGACAGCAGCCUCUUCAGUGACUGGGAGGACAGCAUCUUCAGGGAUGAUUUCUUUGAGCGACACCACAGUACUGCUCUGCCCAAGGAGCUCUUUCCAUCUCACUCCGAGGACCUCGAAUCCAAUGAAUUCAGUUUUCUAUCUGGCAGUGUCACCAGACCUUCAUUAGGGAGCACAUCAACCCCACGAAACCUGACUGCUGAACAUUCCAGUAUCCAAAGGACAUCCUACCGAGCCAGCCCCAACCUCAGCCGUAUCGGAGGGGACUCGCCCCUCCCUUUCGCCGAGGAGGACAGGAUGGGCCCCCCUUCUGCCCGGCCAGCCUUGGAGCCCCGCAACCUGCUCAGCCUCUUUGAAUCAGCCGAAUGUGACUGAGUGCAUUACUGUUUUGUGGGGGGGUGGUGAUGGUUAUUUUAUAGGGAUGUAUGGAUGAAUCCUUUUCUGGCGGUAUUGGGUACGGGCAGGGGAGUACCAUUCCUGAGGAGCUGGGAAGGUGUGAAAACUGUGGCACCAUUCUGCAGUGGGUGGGGAUGUACCUUUGCUGCAGCGCUGGUGGCGGGGAGGGGAGAAGGGGGUGGGGCUAACCGUUCCAUAGUGGGGGGGAGGCUCUUGGGCUAUACUUUUGCCAGUUUGAUGGGUGGAAUGGUGGGCAGAGGUGGCUUUUAUCAUUGCAUGGCAAGAGAGUGGAGUGUAUUGUGCGUUCAAUUCUGGUUCCUCUCCCCCUCCCCACCCCACUCCCUCUAUCUUUCCCCUCCCAAUCCACUCAGAGUUCACUGAUCAGAUCCAGGUAUUGUAGUCUCGGGAUCGGAACUGAUUACAUUCUGCGCACUGCCGUUGUGUACAUAUUAAAAUGCUGGAGUUUUUGUGUAUGUUUCCUUGAAAUAAACAGCUUGUUCUUCGGCUGAUCGGUUGUGCGGUUAAUUAUCCAGGCAGGGUUCUGUCCACAUGUCCCAACUGUACACUGUGACAGUCGAGGGAAGUACCUCUUUCAUGAGCGAUGAUUUGACAGAGAUGUCCCUCCUCUAGACUGUCGUUGUCACGUGUACCCCAGAACAGUGAAACACUUUGCCCACAUGCCAUUCACACAGAUCGUUUCACCACGUCAGUGGACUGAGGUUGCACAAGGGAAAACAAUAACAGAAUGCAGAAAAAAGUGUAACAAAGAAAGUGCAGUGCAGGCAAUAACCUGCGAGGACCACGCCAAGGUAGGUUGAGAGAUCAAGAGUCCAUCUUAUCGUACAAGAGGUCUAUUCCAGAGUCUAAUAAUAGUGGGGUAAAACUGUCCUUGAGCCUAGUGGGAUGUGCUUCCAGGCUUUUGUAUCUUCUGCCCAAAGGGAGAGGGGUGAAGAGGGAAUACGUCUCCAGGGUGGGUGGUGUCUUUCAUCAGUCUGGCAGCUUUACUGCUGCAGCAGGAAGUGUAGACAGUGUCCGUGGGGGAAGAGGCCGGUUUCCAUAAUGUGCUGAGCUGUGUCCACAACUCUCUUCAGUUUCUUGUGGUCUUGGCUGAACAUUUGCUGUGUCAACCUGAAAUGCAUCAGGAUAGGAUGCUUUCAGUAGUAAAUCAAUAAAAAUUGGUGAGGGUUGUUGGGGGAUAUGCUGAAUUUCUUAAGGCUCCCAAGGAAGUAGAGAGGUUGGUGAGCCUUAGCUGUGAUUUCAAUAAUGGCUGGCUCAGGACUGGCUAUUGGUGAUGUUUACAUCUAGGAACCUGAAUCUUUGAAACCUCUUGACCUCAGAGUUGUGUAUUGUACAGGAGACAGAGUGACUAAGAGUUCCCCUCUGUGGCCAUUGGCUUUAUAUCAACCUUGCCCUGAAGCAAGAAGCUUUCUAGUCUAAUCUCACUUCCCUCCUUUGAAAAGGUCCUGGACAGAUACACAGAUAGGAAAGAUUUAGAGGAGGGGUUCCCAACUUGGGGUCCACAAACCCCUUGAUAAUGGUAUUGGUCCAUGGCAUAAAAAGGGUUGGGAACUGCUGCUUCAGAGGGAUGUGGGCCACACGCAGGCAAAUGGGAUUGGGAUUAGCAAGGAUAAAUAGGGCCAUAGACUCUAUUUCAAUGCUUCCAUUUACUAUCAGAGAAUAUAUAGAGUACAACCUGAAAUUUAAAAGCCUUCCUGUUUGAGUGUCCCUACAAGCUUGUGACCACAGUCACUCAGUACAGCUUCCACCACCGACUAAACAUGCCCACAAUUUACUAACCCGUUUAUCUUCUGGAAUAUGGUGGCGGGGAGAAUGUACAAACUGCUUUCUGACGGCAGUGGGAACUGAACCAUGUCAGUGGCACCGUAAAGCAUUAACAUACGGGGAGGGGGUGGUGUAAAGAGGUAGUUUUUUUUAAACCCAGAGUGGUGGGUGUGUAAAACGCACUGCCAGGGUGACGGCAGAGGCAGAUACGCGAGGGACAUCUGAAAGAUUAUUAAUUAGGUGCAUAGAUGAAAGGAAAAAUGCAGGGCUAUGUGGGAUGAAAGGGUUAGGUUGAUCUUAGAGUAGGUUAAAAGAUCGGCACAACAUUGUAGGCCGUUCCAUGUUUUAACCACCAUACUACGGUGCCGCCUAAGUGCACAUUCACCAUGAUUUUAUACACCUCCGUACGCGGUCACUCACCUCAGUCUCCUAUAUUCCAAGUAAUACAGUCCCAACCUCUCUCCAGCAUCAGUCAGGUUUAAUAUCACCAGCAUAUGUCGUGAAAUUUGUUGACGUUGUAGUGGCAGUACAUGAUAUGGGGGGAGGGGGAACGGGGGGGGACUGCAUAACAGUAAGUAUAUAUGUGUGUAUUAAGUUGUUAAAAAAAAGUGCAAAAAAAAAACAAAAUUUUAAAAAAUAGUGACAUAGGUUUGUGGUUUCAAUGCCCAUUCAGAAAUCAGAUGGCAGAGGGGAAGAAGCUGUCCUGAGUUGCUGAACGUGUCCCCUCAGGUUCAUAUACCUCCUUCCCAGCGGUAACAAUGAGAAGAAGUCAUGUCCUGGGUGGUAGGGUGCUCAAUGAUGGACACUGCCUUUUUGAAGCAUCGCUCCUUGAAGAUGUCUUGGAUACUAUGGAGGCUAGUACCCAUGAUGGGGCUAAUUUUACCACUCUGCAACUUACUUUGAUCCUGUGCAGUAGCCCCACCAUACCAGACUGUGAUGCAGCCAGUUAGAAUACUCUCCAUGGUACAUAACUUAGUCUCUUGAGUCCUGGCAACAUCCCUAUAAUUCUCUGUACUUUUUCCAGCUUAACAGCAUCUUUCCUGCAGCAGGGUGACCAAAAGAGAACACGUUACUCUGACUGUGCCCUCAUCAAUAUCUUGCACCACUUCAACAUAACGUCCUAACUUCUGUACCCGGUGACCUGACUAAUGGAGGCCAGAUGGCCAAACACCUUCUACGUCACUCUGUCUAUCUGUGACACCACUCUCAGGGAAUUGUGUACCUGUAAUCCUUAGUUCCUCCGUUCACUGUGAAAGUCAUAUUUCUUACCAAAACUUUGCACUUAUUCAAAUUAAACUCCAUUUGCCAUUCCUCAGCCCACUUACCCAGCUAAUCAUGUUCUCCCUGUAAACCAUGAUAACCAUCUUCACAGAUGAAAGCACCACCUAUUUCAGUGUUGUCUUCAAACCUAUGGCUUUAGUCACUUGCUGAGACUGUUUUGCUUCUUGUAUGCAGUAUUAUCCUCUGCCUUGAUCCUCUGGCCAGUAACUCAAGAGGCACAGAAAGUAUAAAUGUAGUCAUUUUUCCCAGGGUUAGGGACCCAAGAAACAGAGGGCACAGGUUUAAGGUGAGAAGGGAAAUGUUUAAAGGGGAUCUGCGAAGCAACUUUUCCAAAGUGCAGUGAGUGUAUGGAACGAGGCAGGUACAAUAGUCUCAUUUAAGAAGAACUUGGAUAGAUAGGUAGAUGGAGAGUGGUGAAACAGGAGCUGGGAUCUCACCACCCUCCCUACUCCCCAAGGGCAACAUCCUACCUCUUUAUUGCCACCAUUGCCCUUCUUGCUCCUUGCAGUUUGAGAGGUAGCAGCUUAAACCUCCUUUGCUCUUCACAUCCCUACCCAGUUGGUAGGGGGCCUGUGGAAGCCUCCUCUUACAACAUAUUCCCAGUGCCCCUUGCUUAUACAGACCGUUCAGCCCAACUCAUCCAUGCUGACUCAGUUCCCUUCCGGAACUAGUCCCAUUUGGCGCAUGUCCCUCUAAAUGCCAUAAGAAAGCAGCAACCACCAUCCAGGCUACACUCUUUUCACUACUACAAUUGUGCAGAAAGUACAGAAGCCUCAGUGAAAAGAUUGUCUUGUAUACUGUUCAUACAGGUCAAAUCAUUACACAAUGUAUUGAGGUAGAACAAAAUAAGACAAUAAAAGAAUGCAGAAUAAGAUGAGAAAGAUAAAGUGCAAGCAGGCAAUCAGGUGCAAGAUCAUAGCAAGCUGGAGUGUGAGAUCAAGACCCCAUCUUAUUGUAUUAAAGGUGGUUCAAUAGUCUGAUAACAUUGGGGUAGAAGCCUGGUGGGAUGUGCUUUCACACUUUUGCAUCUUCUGCACAAUGGGAGAGGGGUGAAAAGAGAAUAUCCAGGUCUUUGAUUGAGCUGGCUGCUUUCUCAAAGCAGUGGGGUGUAAAGAGCCCAUAGAGUUGCAGGGGAUGGGAACCAGGUUGCCAGAACAGUUAGUGGAGAGGUUGUGGAGACAGAUGUGGUUAAGAUCUCAGACAAAGUCAGGAAUCAAAAAGUUGAGCACGGUGUGACUAGUGUCCUGAGCUGUGUAUAUUUCAAUGCAUCAUUGUACCUUCAGAAAGGCAGAUGAACUCGGCAUGGAUCAACACAUGGAAGUAUAAUAUUGUAGCCUUUAGUGAGAGCUGGUUGCAGGAGGGGCAGGACUGUCAGCUCAGUGUUCCAGGGUUCCGUUGCAACAGAGCAGGAGGCAUUAAAGGAGGAGGAAUGGUGUUACCAGUCAGGGAAAACGUCACGGCAGUGCUCAGUCAGAACAGACUGGAGAACUCAUCCAGUGAGGUGUUAUAGGUGGAACUGAGAAAUAAGAAGGUCUGACCAUGUUAAAGGGGUUAUAUUACAGAUCACCAAGCUAUUUAAAGGAACAAAUUUGUAGAGAUUGCAGACUGUCGCAAAACAACACAAGGUUGUUAAAGAAGGUGAUUUUAACUUUUCACAUAUCGACUGGGACUCCCAUACUGUAAAAGGACUAUAUGGGAUAGAGUUUGUCAAAUGCUUUCAUAAAAGUUUCCUUAAUCAGUACACAGAAUUCCCAACAAGAGAGUGCGCAAUACUUGAUUUCUUAUUCGGGAAUGAGACAGGGCAGGUGACAGAAGUUUGUGCAAGGGGAACACUUUGUAUCUCGUGAUCACAAUGCCAUUAGUUUCAAAGUAAAUAUGUAAAAAAGAUAGGUCUGGUCCACAGGUUGAGAUUCUAAAUUGGUCAAAGGCCAAUUUUGAUGUUAUCAGAGAAGAUCUGGCAAGUGUGAAUUGGGUCAGGCUGUUUUCUUGCCAAGUUGUACUUGGCAAGUGGGAGGCCUUCAGAAGUGUAAUUUUGAGAGUAUACAACUUGUCCAUCCUUCCACUAUGGAUCAAUCUUAUUUAGAUAGGAAAAUCAAAGGUAUAGUAUGAUUUUGUGAUUUAUUUUUGGAUAAUUGUUUUAUGUCCUUCGAACAACCAUCUAAUAAAUAUAAGCAACAUACAUCAAAGUUGCUGGUGAACGCAGCAG